AUGGCUUCCUCAGCUCUGGGAAAGAGAUCCCGCCAUGCGGUGGCUUAUGACGCAGACGAAUCUCCUUCCAAGCGACCUCGCCGCUCGUGCGCCGCCAUUGUCGACUACAACGACGAAAACGAAGCUCCAGAGGACAUCAUUGUCGCCACCGUCAACCCUGUCAUCAUCAAGACCGAGAUUGACGACUCGCCCAGCAAGAGAAAGCGCACCAUUUCGCAGUCCUCUGCCCGGAACCCCGUCACACCGUCGACACCUCGCCACCACGAUGUCUUGGCCGGGUAUCCGACGACACCCCGACAUGCCGUCAUGUCGGCCGGCAAGCUCUUCAAGCGAAUGACGCCUCACUCGCCACUCUCUCCCAGCACCAUACAGACCGUCUACCAUUCUGCCCGUCAACUAUUUGCGCGCGGAGCGGAGCCUGGCAAGCUUGUCGGCCGUGACGAGGAGCGUCAGCAGCUCACAGCAUUUCUAGAGCGAUGCUCGUCGGACUCGCCAAACGGAUGCCUUUAUGUCAGCGGCCCGCCUGGUACCGGCAAGAGUGCCAUGAUUACCGACCUUAUUCAAAACUACGUACAAACGGACGGUGUCAAAUCGGCAUACAUCAACUGCAUGAGCGUCAAGUCGUCCAAGGAUCUCUACACGACGCUGCUAGACGGCAUGGGUCUGCAAGCGGAGGGCAUGACGGAAGUUGCUGCGAUGGAGGCCCUGCAGGAGGCGUUUUAUCCCACGGACGAGAACGCCACGACCUACCUCGUCACACUCGAUGAGAUUGAUCACAUUCUCACCAUGGGCCUGGAAAGCUUGUACCGUGUCUUCGAGUGGUCCCUCCACAAGUCGUCAAAGCUUCUUCUUGUCGGCAUUGCCAACGCGCUAGAUCUCACUGACCGAUUUCUCCCGCGCCUCAAGUCCAAGAAUCUCAAGCCUGAGCUUCUUCCGUUUCUUCCCUACACCGCUGCCCAGGUGAAGAACAUCAUCACGACUCGCCUCAAGUCUUUGAUGCCAGAGGGCAAGGACAACUACGUUCCAUUCAUCCACCCCGCCGCCAUCGAAUUGUGCUCCCGCAAGGUCUCGAGCCAGACUGGAGAUCUGCGCAAGGCAUUUGAGAUUUGCAGAAGGGCUUUAGAUUUGAUCGAGAAUGAGACGCGGUCCAAGCAUGAGGAAGAGGCAAGGGAGACUAUGCUCCAAAUGACGCCCUCGAAGCGACCCUUGGGCGAGAACAUCAACGGAGCUAAAACCGGAGGACGAAGCAUUGUACAGAUUAUGGGCAACUCCCUCAAGGCUCUGACCGCCGAGACAGCCCCUCGCGCUUCGAUUGCUCACCUGAACAAGGUGACGGCAGCAGCUUUCAGCAACGGUACUACACAACGACUCAAGACUCUCAACCUGCAGCAAAAGGCGGCCCUGUGCGCUCUUGUUGCGUACGAGAACCAUCUGCGCUCCAAGAUCAAAGUUGGCAUGCCUCCCACGCCCAGCAAGACGCAGUCUCUUGCGCCGACUGUCAAGAAGCUGUUUGAUGCCUACUGCCGCCUGUGCACGCGCGACUCUGUGCUGCACCCCCUCUCGAGCUCCGAGUUUCGCGAAGUCAUGGGCAGCCUGGAGACGCUGGGGCUCGUCAACGCCGUCGACGGCAAGAACGGGAGCUUCAUGACGCCGCAAACGCCCAGCAAGCGCGGUCGCAAGGGCGUGCUGGCCAGCGGCGACGACAAACGCAUUGCGAGCUGCGUGACGGAAAAGGACAUGGAGUCGAUUGCAGACGGCAUUGGCUCAGGAAUUCUGGCGAGCAUUCUACAUGGAGAGGCGUUGGAUUAA